AACAAGUGCUGCGAGAUGCAGCGUCUGCCCCUAUUUUCUAUGCACGUUUCUAACAAAUCGACAGAUUGUCACCAGAGCAUCGAUCCAGUACUUAAUUCGGUGAGCCAGACUUUAUCUAGUGUGCACAUGCCUUUGUGAUUGCGAGAGCUUAGCAAGCGUUCUUGCUCGGACGACACAAAGAUGGGGAGGGCACACCCUUGCUGCUCCGAGGAGAAGAAGGUGAGGAAAGGGCUGUGGUCGCCGGAGGAGGACGAGAGGCUCGCCUCCCACAUCGCCCGCUUCGGCGUCAGCUGCUGGAGCUCCAUCCCUGAGCUUGCAGGCUUGCAGAGGUGCGGCAAGAGCUGCCGGCUUCGGUGGAUGAACUACCUGCGGCCGGACCUCAAGCGCGGCCGCUUCUCCCAGCACGAAGAGGACCUCAUCAUUGCUCUCCACGAAGCACUUGGCAACAGCUGGUCCCAGAUAGCGGCGAGGCUGCCCGGGAGAUCGGACAAUGAGAUCAAGAACUUCUGGAACGCGCGGCUGCGCAAGAAGCUCCGGCAGAAGGAGGCGUCGUCCACGGCCGGGAGCAAAGAGCCCGCCGCGAGCCACCGUCGCCGUGGCGGCGGCGAGGGCGCCGGGACACAUCCGGCAGCCGUUUUCAACCCACUCCUCCCAGCUAAUGCGGACCGUCCAUGCCCUGCCGGUUAUGUCGCCGGCGCUGCUGCCGGCAGAAGCAGCUACGACAACGACAUGUGGGCCACCGGUAGCGCCGCGGCGACAGGCGGUGCUGUUCUUGCGGCCGCGGACGUUGGCCGGAACGCCGCGGCCGCGGAGUCGGUAACGCCGUCGCCGACGAGCACUGCGAGCGCUUGCACGGAUGCGCAGGCGGGCUGCGACGACGAGUUCCUGAAGGCGAUGGUCGAUGACGCGAGCAUCCUGUUUGGGGAUUUCUACCUCAACAGCAACCAUGAUGGAUCGAUCAGCUUCUGGGAAGGCCAUGUGUUCAGUUGAUUUCUUUAUUUUGCUUCUUGUUUUCCUUUUCAGAUGCAAGUUGCUUCGUGUGUGUGUGUGUGUGUGUGCGUGUGUGAAAUUUAAAUUGUGCAAAAACGAAAUGAAAUAUGAAAAAAAAGAGG